ACCACCACCACCACCCCCCCCCCCCCCCCAGGGCUAUGGCCCCCCGGGGGCGGCAGGGCCGGGAGCGCUGAGCCCGGCUCGGCCCGGCUCGGCCCGGCUCGGCAUGGCUUCCCGGGAGCGGCUCUACGAGCUCUGGAUGCUUUACUUCGCCAAGAAGGACCUGGCGUACCUGCAGCAGUGGCUGGAGGCCUUCGUCAUGAACUUCGAGAAGGUCAUCGCCGUGCCCUCGCUGGAGCCCCGCAGGCCGGAGGAUUCGGCGUCGGAGAUCCCGGUGCUGCCGCGGGAGGUGCUGCAGGUGCUGAGCCAGCGGCUGGCGCAGUGCGAGGGACAGGGCCCCCGCCUCGGGCAGGCCCUGCUGCUGCUCAAGUUCUUCAUCAUCAUCUGCAGGAAUCUGGAGAACGUCCAAGCGGACAAAACGCCCGGCUUCAUCCCCGAGGUGCUGGCGCUGCUGCGGGGCUGCGCGAGCAAGCUGAGAAGCGGCCAGGAGGAGGGGGCGCAGCUGGAGAGCGUGAUGCUCUACGCCCUGCACCUCUGCGAGUGCCUCUUCGACCCCUACCAGACCUGGCGGCGGCAGCUGAGCGGGGAAGUCGUCAGCUCGCAGGAGAAGAGCAAAUACAAGUUCGCCCCCGCCGCUUUGCCCCCCGAGUUCGACGCCUUCUUCCAAGAGAGCUUCCAGCCCGGCGGGCAGCUCCCCGACGAGCUCCAGCUCCGGCUCAUCCACCUCUUCGGGGCCAUCCUCUCCGGGUCCAAGCCCAACGCGCUGCGAGCCAUCACGCCGGCGGCGCUGGAGGUGCUGCUGGGGGUGCUGCGGCGGGCGGGCGCGGGGCCUGCGCCGUGCCCGGGGCUGCUGGGCCUGACGCUGCGCAGCGUGGUGGCGGCGGUGCACGCGCUGCACGCCAGCAGCCCCGGCCCCGUGCCCCUGCGCGCGCUGCUGGACGGCUACUUCAAGGUGCUCAACGCCAACCUGCCCGAGGCAGCGCCGGCGGCCAGCGGCCUCAUCGCCCUGCGGGUGCAGAUGCUGGAUGCCAUCCCGGCCAUGCUGAGCUGCGACGACCGGCCGGUCCUGCAAGCCGUCUUCCUCAGCAACAACUGCUUCGAGCACAUCAUCCGCCUCCUGCAGAACAGCAAGCUCUACCUCAACAGCACGCAGGAGGCGGGUGAAGCCCAGGACAAGCUCCCCGUGCAGCCGCCAACGGGCAGUGGGCUCCAGCAGGUCUUUGACGUCGGCUCCGAUGCCAUCGCGGUCCACGCUAUCGGGGUGCUCACGGCCAUCAUGAGCAACUCGCCCUCGGCCAAGGAGGUGUUUAAGGAACGCAUCGGCUAUGCCCACUUCUACGAGGUGCUGAGGAGCCAGGGCCAGCCCACCCAGCGCCUGCUCCAGGAGCUCCUCAACAUGGCAGUGGAGGGCGACCACAGCUCCUUCCCAGCGCACCCCAUCCGCAACGAGCAGCCUCUGCUCCUGCUGCUGGCCUGGCUGCCGGCGCUGGCCUGCCGCGAGCUGCAGCUCUUCCUGGCCGAGCGGCUGCGGCGCCUGUGCGAGGCCCCGCUGCCCAGCCGCCUCACCUGCGUCAAGGCGGGCAUGGUGGGCAGGCUGCUGGCCGCCCUGGCCGCCGAGCCGGCGCUGCCGCCCGCCUGCUCCGAAAACCUGCUGGAGCUGCUGCAGGCGCUGGGCGGCCUCUCCAUUCGGCCCGGCGAGCUGCGGCAGCUGCUGCGGCUGCUGCGGCGCGAGCGGGGCCGGGGGCCGCACCCCUACACGGCGCCCGUGCUGCGGGCGCUCUCGGGGAUGGCGCGGGCCGAGGGCCCCCCGCGGGCCUUGCAGUACUUCGACCUGACCCCCGGUAUGGCCGGGAUCAUGGUGCCCGCUGUCCAAAAGUGGCCCGGCGGCGCCUUCGCCUUCCACGCCUGGCUCUGCCUCAGCGAGGAGGAGCCCAGGCUGCCGGCGAGGCCAAAGAGGAGGCAGCUCUACAGCUUCUUCACGGCCAGCGGGACGGGCUUCGAGGCCUUCUUCACCACCGACGGCAUGCUGGUGGUGGCCGUCUGCACCAAGAAGGACUACAUGACGGUGGCGCUGCCGGAGGUGGCCUUCAACGACUCGGCCUGGCACUGCGUCGACAUCGUCCACGUCGCCGGCCGCCGGCCCUUCGGCCAGAACGUGGUCAGCAUCUACGCAGACGGGCACCUUCGGAAGACGGCGCAGCUCCGCUUCCCGUCCCUGCAUGAGUCCUUCACCUCCUGCUGCAUCGGCUCCGCGGGGCACCGCACCACCACCACGGCCAUCGGCAGCAGCCACCCACCGCCGUCCCACGGGCCGGAGCUGGCCUUCCCCCCGCACCCCGCGCUCUGCCGCUCGCAGUCCUUCCCCGCUGCCCUGGGCCCCCACGCCUGGACCCCCCUGCAGCCCCCCACCGAGGGGGUGGUGGCCACCACAGCGGCCGGCAGCCAGGACACCGAGUGGGGCACCCCCACGUCCCUCGAGGGCCACCUGGGCUCAGUGGCCAUCUUCUGCGAGGCGCUGCAGCAAACCCAGGUCAAGGCGCUCUUCUGCUCGGGUCCAAACAUAGCAUCUCCGUUUACGCUGGAAGGCGACCUGGUGGAACUCAGCAGCAAGCUCCUGCUCUACUACACCCCGCAGGCCUGCAGGAACAACAUCUGCCUGGACCUCUCUCCCAGUCACGGCCUGGACGGGAGACUGACGGGGCACAAGGUGGUCAACUGGGACGUCAAGGACGUGGUCAACUGCGUGGGCGGGAUGGGCGUCCUGCUGCCCCUGCUCGAGCAAGUGGUGACCAAGAAGGAGGAGGCCGAGGACGAGCAGGAGACCAACGACCUGGUGGGGCCAGAGCUGACGUCCUCCAGGAACGCCCAGGGCAUGCUGAUCCCGCUGGGCAGGUCCUCAGAGAGCAGGCUGGAGAGGAACAGCGUGGCCGCCUUCCUGCUGCUGGUGAAGAACUUCAUCCAGCACCACCCGGUGAACCAGGAGAGCCUGGUGCAGUGCCACGGGCCGGCCAUCAUCGGGGCGCUUCUGCAGAAGGUCUCCGGCCCGCUGCUGGACAUGAGCACGCUGAUGGCCUCGCAGAUCCUGAUGGAGCAGGUGGCCUCCGAGGGCAGCGGGCUCCUGCUGCACCUCCUCUACCAGCACCUGCUCUUCGAUUUCCGCAUCUGGAGCAACAGCGACUUCGCCGUCCGCCUAGGUCACAUCCAGUACCUGGCCAACGUCGUCAAGGACCACAAGCAGCGCAUCCGCAAGAAGUACGGGGUGCAGUACGUCCUCGACUCCAUCCGGACCUACUACGGUGCCUCCAAGGAGAAGUCCACGACGACGGACGACAUCAAGACGGUGCAGACGUCCCUCUUCAGCCUGGUGAAGGACUUCUUCUGCAGGAGCUUCUCCGGGGAGGAGAUGCAGAGCUUGCUGAACUACGUGGCCGCGGCGCAGGACGAGCAGCAGGUCUGCGGGGCGCUGGAGGUGAUCCACAGCCUGCUGAAGGGCUCGCCCGCCCAGGAGCAGCUCUUCGCCUUCCUCUUCGAGCCGGGCCACGUGGAGGUCCUCUUCUCGCUGCUGGUGCAGAAGAAGUUCUCGGAUGAAGUGCGGGAAAGGGUCUUCAAGGUCCUCUACAAGAUGCUGAAGUACGAGAAGGUCCCCGAGCGCAGCAAGAACCGCCUGAAGCUGAAGGACAUCGGGUACCAGGGGCUCAUCGCCUGCCUCAGCGACAUCCCCGGCUCCAUGCUGCUCUUCCGCUGCCUCUCGGAGCAGGUCCUCGGGGCAGACCCUCCCAACUACAAGGACCUGGUGGCCGUGGUUUACCUGUCCCACCGGGCUGAGCUGACCAUCCGGCUCGAUAUCUGCCGCAAGCUCUUCCACUUGAUCUACGCGCAGCAGGACAUGGUGAAGCAGCUGGCGAGGCUGGCGGGCUGGCAGGACACACUCACCAAGCUCUACGUCAAGGAGUCCUACGAGUCUCGCCAGCACAGCCUGAGCCACUCGAGCAGCGGGGGCUGCCUGGAGCUCCUGCGCCUCUCGGAGCCCCCCGGCAGGGACGGCAGCAACGAGGUGGGGAAGGAGGCGGUGGGCAGCGCGAGCCCACCACCCACUGACCUGCAGGAGCUGGACGUCUUCCUGCCUCUGGGCUACGAGGCUUCGGACCAGGAGCUCUCCGAGGGCUUCUCCGACCACUCCAUCUCGCCGAGCGGCCGCACCAAGUCCUUCCACUCCUACAACUUCAAGUCCUUCGACUCCUCCGACCGCGCCAGCCGCUCUUCCUCCAACCCCGGCGACGUCCCCUUUGAUGGCGUCUACCACCCGCUCUCGCCCUUCUCCACCUCGCCCUUCGACCUGGGGCUCGACCUGGCCAGCACCAGCUCCAUCGCCACGGCCGAGAGCGGCGCGCAGACGCCUGCCAGCGGCCCCGGCACCCCCUCGCCCCUGGAGAGCUUCAAACCCUUCCCGGGGAUGCGCACCCGCAAGAGCUCCAGCCUCUCCAACGUCCUGGAUGAGAGCAGCUACCAGGACGCCCUACCCAGCGACAACGUCUCCAACACCAGCAACCCCCAGCAAACGCCCGAGGAGGAGCUGUGCAACCUCCUGACCAACAUCGUCUUCUCGGUGACGUGGCGCGGGGUGGAGGGCUGGGACGACGCGGCAUGGAGGGAGCGCGGGCAGGUCUUCUCCGUUCUCACCAAGCUGGGCACGGCCUGCGAGCUGGUGCGGCCCCCCGACGAGAUCAAGCGCAGCCUGCUGGAGAUGAUGCUGGAGUCGGCGCUGACGGACCUGAAGGAGUCGGGGCCGGCCGCCCUGCCCGGCCUCACCCAAAAUGCUCUCAAGCUGCUGCGGCUGCUCCAGGACUUCUUGUUCUCCGAGGGGCACAACAACCAGGCCCUGUGGAGCGAGAAGAUCUACGAGGGGGUGAGCGGCCUCCUGGACAAGCUGGGCGUCUGGUACCACCUGGCCAACGGCACCUCCGACCUCAAGGAGAUGGCCCAGACGGGGCUGCGCGUCCUGGUGGGCUACAUCAUGCUGCAGGACCCCCAGCUGCACUCGCUGGCCUACGUGAAGCUGCACAGCCUGCUGCAGACCGCCUCGGCCCCCAAAAAGGACGAGGCUUGCUACCUGCUGGGCAAGCUGGAGACCCCGCUGCGGCGCUCGCUGGACGCCAAAUCGGAGACCUUCUCGUGGCUGGUGCCCAUCGUGCGCACGCUCAUGGACCAGUGCUACGAGACCCUGCAGCUGCAGCUCUUCCUGCCCUCGCUGCCCCCCACCAACGGCAGCCCCACCUUCUACGAGGACUUCCAGCUCUUCUGCACCACCCCCGAGUGGAGGAGCUUCAUCGAGAAGCACGUGCAGCCCACCAUGGCGCAGUUCGAGAUGGACACGUUCGCCAAGAGCCACGACCACAUGUCCAACUUCUGGAACGCCUGCUACGACGCCAUGAUGAGCAGCUCCCUGCGGCGGGAGCGGGACAAGGCGGACAGCAGGAAGAUGUUCCAGGAUCUGGUGCUGGAGCCGGCAGCGAAACGCGCCAAGGCCGAAAACGCCCGGCACGCCAACGUGCUGAAGCAAGCCAACAACCACCAGAGCACCGUGCUGAAGCAGUGGCGCUCCCUGUGCCGCCUCCUCACCUCGCCCCGCUCCGCCUGGGCUGACCGGAACCCGCCCGAGGUUCGCUGGAAGCUCUCAAGUGCCGAGACCUACUCGAGGAUGCGUCUGAAGCUGGUGCCCAACCUGAAUUUUGACCAGCACUUGGAGGCCAGCGCCCUGCGGGACAACCUGGGAGCCGACAACCUCCACAACCCCGCCGAGUCCCUCCCGCUCGCCAUGGCCAAGGAGGCCAAGGUGAGCGAGCUGGAGGACGACCAGCUGGCCGAGGAGGACCUCCCCGUCCUGGACACCCAGGCCGAGCCCAAGGAGCAGAACCAGCGGGAGAAGCUGGUGGUCUCGGAGGACUGCGAGCUCAUCACGACGGUGGCGGUCGUCCCCGGCCGCCUGGAGGUGACGACCCAGCACGUCUACUUCUACGACGGCAGCAGCGAGAAGGAAGAGACGGAGGGAGGGAUCGGCUACGACUUCAAGCGCCCCUUGUCCCACCUGCGCGAGGUCCACCUGCGCCGCUACAACCUGCGCCGCUCCGCGCUCGAGCUCUUCUUCAUCGACCAGGCCAACUACUUCCUCAACUUCAAGAAGAAGGUGAGGAACAAGGUCUACUCCUGCAUCCUGGGCCUGCGGCCCCCCAGCCAGAUCUACUUCGGCAGCCGCUCGCCCCAGGAGCUGCUGAAAGCCUCGGGGCUCACCCAGAAAUGGGUUCUGCGGGAGAUCUCCAACUUCGAGUACCUCAUGCAGCUGAACACGAUCGCGGGGCGCACCUACAACGACCUCUCGCAGUACCCCGUGGUGAGCACCCUGUGUCCCCCCAACCCCGGGCUGCCCGGUGGCUCCAGGCCCUCCCCAGCCUCACCCAACCCCAACCCCACCCAGUUCCCCUGGAUCCUGCGGGACUACGUCUCGGAGACCCUCGACCUCACCGACCCGGCCGUGUUUCGGGAUCUCUCCAAGCCCAUCGGGGUGGCCAACGAGAGGCACGCGCGGGACGUGAAGGAAAAGUAUGAGAGCUUCGAGGACCCCACGGGCACCGUGGACAAGUUUCACUACGGGACGCACUACUCCAACGCGGCGGGCGUCAUGCACUACCUGAUCCGCACCGAGCCCUUCACCACGCUGCACAUCCAGCUGCAGAGCGGACGGUUCGACUGCUCGGACCGGCAGUUCCACUCGGUGCCGGCGGCGUGGCAGGCCCGCAUGGAAAACCCCGUGGACGUCAAGGAGCUCAUCCCCGAGUUCUUCUACUUCCCUGAGUUCCUGGAGAACCAGAACGGCUUCGACCUGGGCUGCCUGCAGAUGUCCAACGAGAAGGUGAGCGACGUGGUGCUGCCGCGGUGGGCGCGCUCCCGCGAGGACUUCAUCUACCAGCACCGCAAAGCCCUGGAGUCGGAGUACGUCUCAGCCCACCUCCACGAGUGGAUCGACCUCAUUUUCGGGUACAAGCAGCGAGGCCCGGCCGCCGUGGAGGCCCUCAACGUCUUCUACUACUGCACCUACGAGGGCGCCGUGGACCUGGACGCCAUCGCGGACGAGACGCAGAGGAAGGCUUUGGAGGGCAUCAUCAGCAACUUCGGGCAGACGCCCUGCCAGCUGCUCAAGGAGCCCCAUCCCGCCCGGCUGUCAGCUGAGAGCGCAGCCCGCAGACUGGCCCGCCUGGACACCCGCCCGCCCAACGUCUUCGAGAACCUGGACCAGCUCAAGUCCUUCUUCGUGGAGGGCAUCAGUGACGGCGUGGCCCUGGUGCAAGCCGUGGUCCCCAAGAACCAGGCGCACUCCUUCAUCACUCAGGGAUCCCCCGACGUCCUGGUCACCGUGAGUGCCAACGGCCUGCUGGGGACCCACAACUGGCUGCCCUACGACAAGAACAUCUCCAACUACUUCAGCUUCACCAAAGACCCCACCGUCUCCAAUGCGAAGACCCAGCGCUUCCUGCAGGGCCCCUUCGCCCCCGGCGCGGACCUGUGCUCCCGCACGCUGGCCGUGUCCCCCGACGGGAAGCUGCUCUUCAGCGGGGGACACUGGGACAACAGCCUGCGCGUCACCUCGCUGGGCAAAGGGAAGGUCGUUGGGCACAUCACCCGGCACAUAGAUGUUGUUACCUGCCUGGCGCUCGACCUGUGCGGCAUCUACCUCAUUUCUGGCUCCCGGGACACCACCUGCAUGGUGUGGCAGGUCCUGCAGCAGGGUGGGUUUUCCAGCGGCUUGGCCCCCAAGCCCGUCCAGGUCCUGUACGGCCACGACGACGAGGUGACGUGCGUGGCCAUCAGCACCGAGCUGGACAUGGCUGUCUCGGGCUCCAAGGACGGCACCAUCAUCAUCCACACCAUCCGCCGGGGCCUCUUCAUGAAGUCCCUGCGGCCACCUGCGGAGAGCUCGCUGCCCGCUGCCGUCACCCACCUGGCCGUGGGGCCGGAGGGGCAGAUCGUCACCCAGACGGCCGUGGGCGAGCGCGCCUCCCUCAAGGACAAAUUCGCGCUGCACCUCUACUCGGUGAACGGGAAGCACCUCGCCUCCGUCCCUCUGGACCAGGAGGUGACGGCCAUGUGCAUGACGGAGGAGUUCGUGGUGCUGGGGACCAUGCAGUGCGGGCUGGAGAUCCGUGACCUCCAGAGCCUCCGGGCGGCGAUGGCCCCCGUGCCCAUGCGGGUGCCCGUGCACAGCGUGUCGGUGACCAAGGAGAAGAGCCACAUCCUGGUGGGGCUGGAGGACGGCAAGCUGAUCGUGGUGGGGGCCGGGCAGCCCGCCGAGGUGCGUCCGGGCCAGUUCCACCGCCGGCUGUGGCGCUCCACCCGCCGCAUCUCGCAGGUCUCGGCCGGCGAGACGGAGUACAACCCCAACGAGGGCAGGUCCUAGGUUGCCGCCCCGCACCCGGCCCCGCCGGGCUUCCUGCAGCUCCCGGCCCCUUCUGGGGGGCACGGCGACAAGGGGGGGACCCCACUCCCCCCCACAGCAGCGCCCCGAGCCCCUCGCGAGCCGGGGGGCGAGGACAGGAGGGGCGAGCCCCGAGCUCCCCGCAGCCGGGGCUGCGUGCUCGGCCCCUUGCCGUGGCCUUAUCCAGCCCCCCCGGGCUGGAGGACAGCAGUGGGAUGAGGGGGGCGAGGAGACGCCUGGGGGGGACCCCUCGCUGGGAAGGGGGGUGCCGUGUCCCCCCUCCCGCACCCGCUGGCCGGGAGCCAGCUGCCCCCUUCCCCGACUGGUUUUUCUAUUGAUUUCUAGCUCUUUUA